AUGAUGCACUUCAUGCUCCUCUUCUCCCGGCAGGGAAAACUGCGGCUCCAAAAGUGGUAUACUUCAUAUCUAGACAAGCAAAAAAAGAAAAUCUGCCGAGAGCUGAUUACGCAAAUUUUGGCUCGUAAACCGAAGAUGUGCGCCUUCUUGGAAUACAAGGACCUCAAAGUGGUAUAUAAACGAUACGCCUCAUUGUAUUUUUGCUGUGCUGUCGAGCAGGGCGAUAACGAAUUGCUCAGCCUCGAGAUCAUCCACCGAUACGUGGAAUUGCUUGAUAAAUACUUUGGAUCGGUCUGCGAGCUCGAUAUCAUCUUCAACUUUGAAAAGGCCUAUUUUAUCCUCGAUGAAUUCCUGUUGGCAGGCGAAAUUCAGGAAACCAGCAAGAAGCAGGUGCUCAAGGCCAUAGCUGCACAGGAUCUCUUACAAGAGGAAGAGACGCCGCAAGGAUUCUUCGAAGAUCACGGACUUGGA